AUGGGUGCUGAUGGACAUUUUCGAGUGACUCUGUCCCUGAGGAGGGAACCGGCUGCCGGUCCAGUUUACUGCAAAAUGGAGACCUCGGCGAGAUUUCGGCAGUUGAAGACCGUGAAGCUAAGCUGCGAAGCCACGUAUCGGUUGGACAUCAGUUUCAAACCUCCGCAAAUAUUAGAGUGGGUACAGUAAAUACGUGUCAAUUAUAUUUCCAAAUUGAUCUUCACUGUCCUCCCUUUCUUUCUUCCUUCUUCUUUUUCUUUUUCUAAGAGAAAUCGUUCCUUCGCGUCCUCGUGCUCGAUCACCAUUUAUUAUUUUCGUACGUCCUUGCGCCACUGUUUCCUUUUUAUCUGAUUUUCCGACUCUCCGUUUUGCAGCACGAACUUUUUCUUCAGCGGCAAUUGCAAUAAUUGGGAUAUCUAAAAACACGCGCCAGCGAUUUAUAGUAUUUUAAAGAUAUUAAAAACACGAUAAUUAGUAGCUAUUGUCUUACCCUCUGAAAUUCGCGAUCGGAUAAAUUUCUGAGACCUAGUGCUUGAUAGAUUUGUGGUUUUUUUACACUUCAUUAAAUAUUGAUUUCACACACGCGCGAUCACAAAUUGCGAUUUUCAUUUUUAAAAACCAUCCGUUCAGUGUUGAGACUUAUUUUUCGAAUUUUUUUUUUUUGCAACUCCCGCGUCUAAUUUUUCACGUAAAUUGUUAUUUCAACUGCUUCUGUUCAUAUUAAGUAAGAAAUUAUGAAUACUUCUUUCACCUAUUCUCCUUUUUACUGUAACUUUUCUGUUAUAGUUUAUAA